ACCAACUGGUCACACCAUCUCCUAGAGACACACACACAAUUCGACACCACCGGAAAGCCGAAAGGCUUGUUAUGGACGACAUUGACAGUGAACGACCCACAAGGAGAGACAGAUCCGGCUCAAGCAUACGGCUAAUCUACGUUUUAACAGCGACCCUCAUUAUCACGGGUAUCUGCUGGAGGAUUCAUGUAUCACAGAUUCGUCAGUCUAUGGAAACCUGCCACCGAAACUACCAUGAGUUAAACUCAACCCUUCAAUCCAAGCUUUUUGCGCACAACUCUAAUCUGUCCGACCUUAAGCAAAUGCACAGCGAUCUCCGUCACCAUUUCUGUGAAUUAUUGACCAGCAGGAGAGAACAAACGUGUUGCAAGGACUGGAUCACAAAUAAAGACCGGUGUUAUUUCGUUUCCACGUUUGAAACAUCUUUCCGCAGAGCGAUGCAAGAAUGUUCAAACCGUGAUUCAAGGCUGUUGGAAAUCAAUUCAAGGGAUGAAGCGAGCUUUGUAUCCCACAAUCUUCUGGACAGCAAACCUGUUUACUGGAUUGGAAAGUGCGAAAACGGGAAUGUGCACCGGAGUCUCCUGUUCAAGGCGUCCUCCGGAACGCGCGUCUGCAGACAGUGCGGAAGCAGUAACACUUGUGAUGGUGACUGGCGAUUCAUCUGUGAGAGGUCGGCCCCAGUGUUCCCGGAUAUUCCUGAAAAGAUCCAGCGUCUUUGCCAACAGCCAGUGGCGUCGACAUGA